AUGUCCAGUGCAGAUUUCACGGUAGUGAGCACGGGCUUCCCGGGGGACGACUCCUCGGAGCUAGGCUCCUCGGUCUUUUUCGGUUCUGUUGGCGACCGUUUUGGGAUUUUGGACGUGGAACUGGAUUUUUUCAAAAAGGCCGGUCUCGAGCUCUGGCUGAUGGCGUCCGUGAGCUCCCAGUCUGGAUUAUGGAGGUUUUUCCGUCUGGAGUUCGGAUUCUUGUGUAUUCUGGAGUGUCUAGUCAGCUCGUCGGACCUGGAAAACCUUUUGAAACAGCCAGGAAAGUUACAUUGGUGGGGUUUUUCUCCGGUGUGUGUUCUGAUGUGUCUGGUUUGGUGUUCGAGCCUGUGGAACGCCUUGUCGCACAUGGGGCACUUGUACGGUCGAGGCAGGUCGCUGGGAGGAAUCUUCUUUCUCAAAUUGCCGUUCGCACUGGUGUUUUGCGCAGCCGGGGUAACGGCAGACCCGUUGCCAGAACUUUUUUCCGACGCCGUGCCCGAAGAAGACGAACUGUCCACUUCUGACGAGCCAGUCUCGACGGUCUCCAAGGGAGUCUUCAAGGCAAGGUUAGUUGCCAUUCUGAAUGUGGUUUGA